UAACACUGUAUGGUUAAAAUGGAAACCAUGUGAGGACUUUUUCAAUAUUUGUUCCAAUCAUCAUUUGUUUUGUUUAUUGUUUUCAACAUGGAUUCAUCUUGGGAUUCUUUGAAUAUUGAUGCCGAACUAAAGAAAAUUAUUAAAAAUGAAUUUAAAUUCGAAACCAUGACACCGGUACAGGCGGCAUCAAUACCGUUGUUCAUAACAAACAAAGAUUUAAUCGUCGAAGCUGUUACUGGCAGUGGAAAAACUUUGGCUUUUGUCGUUCCAAUUUUACAGAUACUUUUACGUAAAUCACAAACAGAAACGAUUAAAAAACAUGAUAUCGGUGCUGUUGUCAUCAGUCCAACACGAGAAUUAGCCACACAGAUCUACAACGUAUUCAAAAUAUUCAUCGAUCAUUCCGAAGAAUUUGAUUUUAAACUUAUGUUGUUGAUUGGUGGUAGUAAUACGGAUAAAGAUAUUCGAAACUAUGGUAACAAUGGUGCUAAUAUAAUUGUUUCAACACCCGGCAGAUUGUUGGAUAUAUUGGAAAAAUCGGCCAUUUUUUCAUCGAAAAUUCGUCAAUGUCUUGAAGUAUUUGUUUUGGACGAAGCUGAUCAAUUAUUGAAUUUAGGUUUUGAAAAAACUUUAAACGAUAUAAUUGAAUAUCUACCAAAAUUACGGCGAACAUCACUAUUUUCGGCAACACAAACCAAAGAAUUGAAUCAAUUAAUUCGUGUUGGUCUUAGAAAUCCGAUGAAAGUGGAAAUCAAAGAAAAGAAUUUGAAAAAAUUAAAACCAAAUCAAUUACAAAUGCCCAAUAGAUUGAUGAAUAAGUAUAUGAUUUUCGAAUCAGCCGAAGAUAAAUUACCAUUUCUUAUUGAUUUUAUUCGACAACAUCCAAUGGAAAAAUUUCUCGUUUUCAUAUCAUCAUGUGCACAAGUAAAUUAUUUUGAACGUAUUCUAAAUCGUCAUCUUAGUGGUAAUAACAAAAUUCUAUUGCUCAAAUUACAUCGAAAACUCAAGAAUAAAAGACAGAAAAUCUAUGAUCAAUUUCGUGAAACAAGUCAUUCACUGUUACUUUGUACCGAUGUUGUUAGUCGUGGUGUCGACAUACCACAAGUUGAUUGGGUCAUUCAUUUUGAUCUUCCAUUGACCAUUGAAAAUUAUGUUCAUCGUUGUGGCCGUUCAGCACAUCAGAUCAAUACCUAUGGUAAUUCAUUAUUAUUCUGUCUUAGUCAUGAAAUUCCAUUCAUUGAUCAUUGUAAAACCAGAGGUAUCGAUAUACAACAAUAUGAUGAUCAAAAUGAAUUAAAAUCUGAUUUACAACAAUUGAAAGAAUCAUUAUUUAAAUGGAUUCGAUCCGAAUCAAAACGAAACAUAAAUUUUUAUCAAAUGUCAACAGAAGCAUUUGUUAGUUUUAUACGAACUUAUUCAACUAAACAUAUAAUGGCUAAAUGGUUAUUUAAAGAUUGUGAUGUCAUUGAUAUUGCCAAUGGUUAUGGAUUGUUAACGAUGCCUAAAAUGCCUGAAUUACGACAAGCGAAAAAAUGUUCCACUCAAUUCAAAGGUAGUGAUGAAGAUGCUAAAAUUGUUGGAAAAUUUAAACAAAUCUUGUAUGAUAAAAAAAUCAAAAAUAAUGGUUUGGGUCCAAUGUCGAAAACUGAAACUAAUGCCAAAAAACGUCUUGGUUUCAAACGUAAUCCACAAAUUGCAGAAACAAUCCGGAAAGUUCACCGUAAUAAAACGAUGAAAGGACGUACGAAAAAGAUAAUUUUCGAUGAAUUAGAUGUUGAAGAACUAAAUUCAGAUGCUAGAAUGGUGAAAAAAUUGAAAAAAAGUAAGAUUACAAACAAAGAGUUUGAUGAUUAUUUUGGCUUAUUAUCAAACAUGUUUGUAGCGCCGCUACCAUGA